GAGCAGCGGGCCGGCCCACGGGCGGGCAAUGAUGCCGAACUUCUGCGCUGCCCCUAACUGCACACGGAAGAGCACGCAGUCCGGCCUAGCCUUCUUCAGGUUCCCGCGGGAUCCGGCCAGAUGUCAGAAAUGGGUGGAGAAUUGUAGGAGAGCUGACUUAGAAGAUAAAACACCUGAUCAACUAAAUAAACAUUAUCAAUUGUGUGCCAAACACUUUGAGACCUCUAUGAUCUGUAGAACUAUUCAUUUUAGUCCUUAUAGAACGGUUCUUCGAGACAAUGCAAUACCAACAAUAUUUGAUCUUACCAGUCAUUUGAACAAUCCUCACAGUAGACACAGAAAACAAAUAAAAGAAUUGAGCGAAGAUGAAAUCAGGACACUGAAACAGAAAAAAAUUGAUGAAACUUCUGAACAAGAACAAAGGCAUAAAGAAACAAACAACAGCAAUGCUCAGAACCCCAGUGCACAAGAAGGGGGCGAUGAGCAAGAUGAAGACAUUUUACCUUUAACACUUGAGGAGAAGGAAAACAAGGAAUAUUUAAAGUCUUUAUUUGAAAUUUUGAUUCUUAUGGGCAAACAAAACAUACCUCUGGAUGGCCAUGAAGCUGAUGAAAUCCCAGAAGGUCUCUUUACUCCUGAUAACUUUCAAGCUCUGCUGGAGUGCUGGAUAAAUUCUGGCGAAGAAGUCCUGAGCAAGCGCUUUGAGACCACAGCUGUUAACACACUGUUCUGUUCCAAGACACAGCAGAAGCAGAUGCUGGAGAUCUGUGAGAGCUGCAUUCGGGAAGAAAUGCUCAGGGAAUUGAGAGACUCUCACUUCUCCAUUAUCACUGAUGACGUAGUAGACAUAGCAGGAGAAGAGCACCUGCCCAUGUUGGUGAGGUUCGUGGGUGAAUCUCACAACCUGAGAGAGGAAUUUGUGGGCUUCCUGCCUUACGAAGCUGAUGCAGAGAUUUUGGCUGUGAAAUUUCACACUACAAUAACUGAGAAGUGGGGGCUAAAUAUGGAAUAUUGCCGUGGCCAGGCUUAUAUUGUGUCCAGUGGAUUUUCUUCCAAGAUGAAAGUUGUUGCUUCUAGACUUUUAGAGAAAUAUCCCCAAGCUGUCUACACACUCUGUUCUUCCUGUGCCUUAAAUAUGUGGUUGGCAAAAUCUGUGUUAUGGGGAGUAUCUGUUGCAUUGGGAACAAUUGAGGAAGUCUGUUCUUUUUUCCAUCGAUCACCACAGCUGCUGCUAGAACUUGACAAUGUGAUUUCCAUUCUUUUUCAAAAUAGUGAAGAAAGUGGCAAAGAGCUGAAGGAAAUUUGCCAUUCUCAGUGGACAGUCAGGCAUGAUGUUUUUGAAAUUCUUGUGGAUCUUCUGCAAGCACUUGUUUUAUGUUUAGAUGGGAUAAAUAGUGAUACAAAUAUUAGAUGGAAUAACUAUAUAGCUGGCCGAGCAUUUGUACUCUGUAAUGCAGUCACAGAUUUUGAUUUCAUUGUUACCAUAGUUGUUCUAAAAAAUGUCUUAUCUUUCACAAGAGCCUUUGGGAAAAAUCUCCAGGGCCAAACCUCUGAUGUCUUCUUUGCAGCCAGUAGCUUGACGGCAGUCCUGCAUUCACUGAACGAAGUAAUGGAAAAUAUUGAAGUGUAUCAUGAAUUUUGGUUUGAGGAAGCUACAAACUUGGCAACCAAGCUUGAUAUUCAGAUGAAACUCUCUGGGAAAUUCCGCAGGGCACAGCAAGGCAACCUGGAGUCUCAACUAACUUCUGAAAGUUACUAUAAAGAAACCCUAAGUGUUCCAAUGGUGGAGCACAUUAUUCAAGAGCUUAAAGAUAUAUUCUCCUAG